AUGUCCAGCAUGAGACGUCCUCCUGGGCCGGUCAGGCAAUUGUCCUUGCCGGAGCCUCAGAGAAGACAGCAAGUGAGAAGACAACGAUCGGCAGACAACGAGAGACCCCUGGGGAUGUAUUCCAACCCGAUUCGAGGGAAGCACCCUGGAAAGGAAGCGGAAAGGCCUAAAGUACGAAUCGCCUGGGGAGAGGACCACCACGUCGAUGGAAGUCCGGUCGUGGCGACGACCGGGACAGCUUCUAUCAGGACAAGGGCACCGACAACAAAGACCUCGAAGAUGGUUGGGCGGCCAAACGUUGGAGAAAAGGCGACGAUCCUUUAUUCCCGACAGGAACUCGCGGAGAGACUAAGACAGGCUUGGAAGGAUAGGGAGGAGAACAAGUCCAACAUCGACAUCUUCCUGGCCCACGAUGUCCUGGAGGAGAGGAGCGAGUCCGAACUGCCCACCACAACGACAACGGGGAUACCAGGAUCAGGGAAGGGCUCGAAGGAGGAAAGACCUCCCGAGACAAGGAUCGAAUCCGAGGAAAACCAGGAGAUCCGCACCCAGGACCUGGGGGACGGAGCAACCCCGAAGGAAAGGGAUCGCUCGUCCUUUGGAGCUUCGGAUGAUGUCCUGGAGUCGGAAGCGAAAACGGGGGAUAAGGUGGAAUUAGAUUUGGGGAGGAGAGAUAAGGAUAAGGGAGAUGAGACUUCGAGGACGAUGGGAGGGCACCAGGGUAGAGGUACCAAGGACCUCGGAGGAAAGGAGGAUAAGGCGAGGAAGAAGAGGGAGCGAUUCGCGACGGCGGAGAAGAGGGUCUCCUUUCGGGAGGACUUUACAAAGGACGAGGAAGAGGAUCCACCAAAAUGCCCACCACCGGUAUCGGACCAGACCCCAUCCCCAGGUCCCUACACCCCAACAACCGAACCCGAGGCUCAAGAUAACGACAACGACCCAGCUCCUGCAACCAGAGCAGGGGACUCAGGGUGUCCCGAACCCGGGGAAGACCUGGCCAACCCCCCAAAGCCCCAGGAGGCGAAGAAGAGAUCCUGCAUCAGCAUCAGCUGCACGGGGGAGAUCAACGAGUGGCACCAGACGUCCCCGACGGUGAAGCCCCGGGUUCCGGAGAAGGACUUCUCCGAGGCCAGACUAAAACGAGCGAGUUAUCACAGCAACGCGAACAAAGCCUUCAGCGCCCCGAUAGUGGAUAGGUCAGGAAUCAAGGAACAUCCCCAUCAGCAGAGGACCCUGGCCACUAGGACAGGUUCGGCUCCUCCCCAGCGACGUUCCUUGAGCUCUGGACCAUGCAGAACCCUGGUCAGCAUCACGAUAGACGCCCCGGCUAUCAGCGGGCCCUUAUCAGGGCCCAAAGAUACGAGAUCCCCGGACCCAAAGGAACAAGUUCCAUCAGCAGCGCCGGUUAGGCCAGCAAUUUCCCAUCGGCCGAUAAAAUCAGCGACGUUGAAAAGGCGUGCUAAGACCGUGAAACGAAGACCCUCUACAGUCCACUGCAAAACCCCCUGCGAGGAGGCAAGAGACCCAGGAGGAGCUCGACCUAACAAAGGAACCCUGGACCCCAAAAUCGCCGAUGUCGUCACCAUGGUAUCCCUCGUAAGCUCGGCUGAUAGUGAUAGCGAUAUCGAACACUCACCGAGGGAUGAUAAGCUGAUUCACGAGCUGAGGAACAAACUUCCCACGACGCCUAUUAUCAAGGGGAGUCCUGCUAUCACUACCACGAGGAAGCCGGUUAAGUCGGUCUCCUUCCAGCAGGACCUGCCCGACGAGGAGAAGGAGGAUGAGAAGAAGAGCUCCAUAGCGCGUUACACGGUGCUCUGUCGCGGAACCGGAAGUGCCCUCCCCACCCCGGAAGAGACCACCACGUGGCGAACGGAAGUGGCGCCACUUCCGGUCCCGGCGUCCUCCCCCGCGUUCGGGCACGGGGUAGACGCCGAGCCAGAGACCCCGGUGACCGACCGGGAGAAGAGAUGUCUGGUGGUGCCGAUCGGCGACGUCCGCGACAAGAAGCGGAAGCUCCUCAGGACACGCAGCGCCCCGGCACGGCAGAACACGGCAGAUCCAGCGACAAGUGACCGGAAGGAGUCCUCUCUCGAAAGCGACGGCGAAGCCGGAAGUGCGUCACCGGAAGCGCCACCACCCGAGGAGACGUCGAAUGUUAAAGUAGACGGAGAACCUACGAGUCCAACGAGAAAGGCGGAACCGGAAAUAAUGGCGGUUUCCAUAGAGCCGCAAUUUCAAACGACGAAGGAGAAGGAAUGCUGGCAUCUCUACAGACGAAUGUGCGACAAGGGGGUCUAUGUCUCGUUCGACACAGUUUUGAGAGGCAUGCUCACUCCUACCGAGUAUCGGUUACGUCAGAAGGAGCUGACCCAGAAUUGUUGA